CACAAGAUGGCGGCGCCGGUGGCCCGCUGGAGGUUGCAGAUUGAGGCGAGUUGUUGAGUUGUGGCACGCGGAAGGGGAUCCCAGUCAAGCCUCCUCGCUCAGGUGACAGGUGGUCGGGCAGCACCGCUGGGCCCCGUUGCGGUGCAUGGCCUGCUCUCUGGUGUCUUCAGUUUUUACCGCCUCCCAAGCCCUGUCCCCGGGCGGAACCAAAAGGAAGGUCAGGCCAGGCUGUCCCGCCUAUCUUCGUCCUGGGGCGGUUCCCUUGAGUGGCUCACUUUUAGAAUUGACUUUAGCCACGUGUAGCUUCAAUGGCUGAAGUGCAGGCCCCGGGGGAGAAGAUCAAUAUCCAGGCAGGAGAGACGACCAAGGUCGGGGACAGGGACCUGCUGGAGAACGACUGGCCCGAGCAGGACAGGCUUACACAACGAUCCUGGAGACAGAAGUGCGCCUCCUAUGUGUUGGCCUUGCGGCCCUGGAGCUUCAGUGCCUCACUCACCCCUGUGGCCCUGGGCAGUGCCUUGGCCUACAGAUCCCAGGGGGUCCUGGAUCCCAGGCUCUUGGUGGGUUGUGCAGUGGUUGUCCUGGCUGUGCACGGGGCCGGCAAUUUGGUCAACACUUACUAUGACUUUUCCAAGGGCAUUGACCACAAAAAGAGUGAUGACAGGACUCUUGUGGACCGAAUUUUGGAGCCCCAAGAUGUUGUUCGAUUUGGAGUCUUCCUCUAUACCUUGGGCUGUGUUUGUGCCGCUUGCCUCUACUACCUGUCCACUCUGAAACUGGAGCACUUGGCUCUUAUCUACUUUGGAGGCUUGUCUGGCUCCUUUCUCUACACAGGAGGAAUUGGAUUCAAAUAUGUGGCACUGGGAGACCUCAUCAUCCUCAUCACUUUUGGCCCACUGGCUGUGAUGUUCGCCUAUGCUGUCCAGGUGGGGUCCUUGGCCAUCUUCCCUCUAGUCUACGCCAUCCCUCUGGCCCUCAGCACAGAAGCCAUUCUCCAUUCCAACAACACCAGGGACAUAGAGUCUGACCGGCAGGCUGGCAUCGUCACGCUGGCGAUCCUCAUCGGGCCCACCUUCUCCUAUGUGCUCUACAACACGCUGCUCUUUCUGCCCUACCUGAUCUUCAGCAUCCUGGCCACACACUGCAGCAUAAGCCUGGCACUGCCCCUGCUCACCAUCCCCAUGGCCUUCUCCCUUGAGAGGCAGUUCCGCAGCCAGGCUUUCAACAAGCUGCCCCAGAGGACAGCCAAACUCAACCUCCUGCUGGGGCUUUUCUAUGUCUUUGGCAUCAUCCUGGCACCAGCAGGCAGUCUGCCCAGGCUCUGAGGAGACCAGCAGCUCUCACCACAGCACAGUCCCUCCUUAGGAUGGGUAGAAUCCAGAGACUGAGCAGGGGUGCCACUGGCCAGGGUGGGUGCUCAGCAGAGUGGAUGAGCUUCUGCCCUUGUGUGUUGGGAUUAUCUUUGUAAAGAUAUGAAACUGUUCUAGUGUCCGUAGAUGGAUUGGACACACUGUCCUUGUGUUAUUUAUAAUCUCCACUAGAGGGUGUUGUCAGGCCACUUUAGGAUGAAAGGUCCAUCUUCCCCUGUUCUAGACGGUAUACCCUAACAGUCUGUGAAGGAGCUGUGUCCCAAAAGGGCCGUAGUGAUGAGACACUGUACUGUCCUGUUACCUUUGCACGUAGGAAGUGGCAGUAAUUGGUGCCAGGCCCCAUUUGCAGGGAGCACCUGUCGCCCAAAUGAAUGUGCUGCCUGCUAGAGAAAGUCCCUCAUUAACAUAAAGCUCCCGGCUUUUUGUGUAGGUGGUGGUUCAGACAUUUCUGUCCUUCAUCUCUCCUUUCACUCAUCACCACUGUUGAGGAAAGUGGCAGUUUACCCCGCAGCAAAACGAUCAAGCCUGGGGCACCUGAGAAAAGCUUUCGUGUGUUGUGGUGGGGCUGGGCUGCUUCCCCUGUAGAGUCCACUAGGAUGGCAGUAAUUAUUGGGACCCAAAGCGGUAGUGUCCAGACUGGGCAGCAGUAACACAUGAGUCAGGGUACUUCUCUGUCCACAGAGCCAGAGCAGGGCUUGCUGAAUGUACAAGCCAACGGACAACAGUCCUGGCCCCACUCUGCUAGAUCGAGAGACCUUGCUAGUGAAAGGUCUAUGAAAUACAUCCCUCCUCUCCUUGUGCUCUGUUGCCUGUCUUGUCCAGAGGGUGGCUUCAGUGAGAUCACAUCCAAAGGAUGUUGUACCCUUCGAAGUAUGACACCUUGUGCUGAGAUGACCACACCGUCCUCAGUGAGCUUUAUUCUGUGACCAGCUGUCCUGGAGGGUACUACAGGUUCUUGGCCUGCAGAAAACCACCUUGAGUUAGCACUGGGUCAUUUCCUUGGGAAAAAACGUAUUUAAAAACUGCCCAGAGUUCCUCUGUAGUCAGUGUGGUUUGUUUACCAGAGAGCUGGGGUCCUUGAGCUUGGAUCAGGGACCGGAAACCUAGGGAAGGGGUGCUCCUUUCCUGUUCUCCCCAGCAUGCCAGGUUUGUGGCAUGUGGUGGUUUUGGGUGUCCUGCCUUUGGAGAAGCCCCUAUGACCUCUGUUGGGAAUGACCAUUGUUACCUGGAGCCUGGAUGGCCAGCGGCUCUCAGGGCCACAAGCCAGGCCUGACACAUGACUACCCUCUCAAAACUGGGUCAGCUGCUACACCUUGUUGGGUGCAGGUUUUAAUGUCUAUUUUUAUAUAUGAUCCCCAAAGGCCAUAUUUGGGGCCACAUUUUUUAUACAGGCCACCAUAAUUUGUAUUCUGUCUCCUGAUUCAAUGAAAGUUUCCUAUAGAUUUGUUAAUUAAAAUAAACAGUAUUCA